GAGAGCAUGGCUAGCUUGGACUGUUGAAAACUUAAAACAGCAUAUAGGAGAAGCAUAUAAUCUCAAUUUAUCAUGUAUGAGACUAGUAAUGAGGGAGAAGGAUUACUGGAAUGAUACUUUUAAAAUCAGGGAUAUUAGUGAUGUAGGAGGUACUUUAAAGGAGAUACUCAAGAUGAGAGGACACAAUACUUCACACACUCAGUUGCUGUAUGUAUCAUCAGAUCCUGAAGAUUAUCAAAAAGAAUUUGAAGAUAGUUUGAUGAACAAAUGUAUUGAGUUUCACUUCAACUCAAUACUACUGGACAUUAUAAUACCUCCUGGACCUGAAGCCUUACCCACUACAACUAUUAGAAGAAAAGGAAGAGUAGUAAUGAAAAUUAUAUCAAUGGAAGAUGAAAGUAAAGGAAAGGAAAGAAAGAUACAGGUAAAAGUUGAUAAGAGAACCACAUUAGCUCAAUUGAAGGAGGAGCUAGUUCCACUAAUAGGUGUAGUAUCUACUGGUUUUGAAGUAUAUAGAAUCAGUGGUAAUGAAGAAUAUGAAAUGAAGAGACUGGAUGAGAUAUUAAUGAAUAUAUCUGAAUCAAAGUUGAUAGUAAGACUUAGUCCAUUACGAGUAGAAGAGUACAGAAUUAAAUUAUAUUUAUUACAAGUUAACAGUAUAGAGUUUUGUAAGUUUAUGUUGAAGUCUAUUGCUACUAAGGAUACACCAGUGAGAGAAUUUAAGAAACAAAUUAUUGAAGAAGCAAAAGUACAAGGAAUUGACUAUGUCCUUAAAUUAGACAAAAUGAGAUUACGUGAAAAGAAUGGAGCAUCUCCUGGUAGAGUAUAUCUUGAUGAUAUGUUGGUUAAUACUAGUAGCUUUAAAGAAAUGUAUAUAGAACCAUUGAAAGGUCAGUAUAUCUCAGUAUACUGUAUAUUGUAUAAUGCUUCUUUUGACAUUUUUGUUGUAAAAUUGUAA